AUGAUUUCUUUUUUGGAAUACACUUUUUUUCUUAAAUAUGUCAGCUCUUUUUUUUAUUUACUUACAUCUUAUUACCUUAUCGUUGCUUUAAUUUAUUCAUAUCUAACUUCGUUCUUUCUUUUUCUAUUUCUUACUUUCUUUUUCUAUUUCUUUCGUUUUUAUUAUCUUUUUUCUUUCUUCUUUCUUUCAUUCUUUCUUUUAUCUUUCUUUUUUCUGUCAUAUUAUUUUCUCUUUUAUUUAUUUAUUUAUAUCUUCUUCAAUAUUAACAUUUUUCUUUCUUUCUUUCUUUCUUUCUUUCUUUCUUUCUUUCUUUCUUUCUUUCUUUCUUUCUGUCUUUCUUUCUUUCUUUCUUUCCGUUUUAGCUCUUCGAGUUAUUCAGCGUCAACAGUUCUUUGUUUCAUAGAUUUUCUUUCUUUUUUUCUUUUGCAACUUCUUUUUCUUUCUUUCUCUUUCUUUUCUAUUUCUUAUUCAAUGUUAACAUUGUUUCACUCAAUAUCUCUUCAUUCUUCCCUUUUCAUUUUCUUUCUCACGUUUCUUUUUAAAUUCUGUUAUCCUUUCUUUCUUUUUAAUAUUAUUUUUAUUAUUUCCUACUCUCUGCAGCCUUUAUUCCCCCUGAAACUCUUACUUAUAUUACCAUGUAGAAAUACCUACCCUCGACCUAAACAAGUUAAGAAUAAUCACAGUCUAUUCAUAUUUACCUCAUUCGGUCUGUUCACACCUAUCUAUCUAUCUAUCUAUCUAUCUAUCUAUCUAUCUAUCUAUCUAUCUAUCUUCAUUAUCCCUCUAUUUCAGUAUUUUCAUUAUCUAUCUAUCUAUCUAUCUAUCUAUCUAUCUAUCUAUCUAUCUAUCUAUUUUAUUAUUUAA